AUGGCUGUUGAGGGGGAACCCCGUAUAAUUACACCCAAUCAGAUGGUCUGCAUUGCCUCAAGACGGCCCGGCUUCUUGCACAUUCAAGCAAGCGAGCGAUGGAAAGUCAGCCGUCCUGUGGAAGUGGCUCGAAACGCUGCAGAGUGCUUACGGCCGACUGUGAACUUGAUGAUAUCCUCAAUUGUGCAAGUUGGUGAAGCCGGGGGCUGCUAUCGUCCAUGGCGUCGUAACCCUUUGCGUCAUUCCUGGUCUUGUCCAUUCAUGUGGCUCACUUGCGCCUCGAGAAGCAGUCCGUCUUAUGAAAUGAUCCUGCUGUUCCUCUUGAACACUAUUGCCGAGAAAGUAGCAUGCUUCAACAACAAGCUAUACCAGUCAAAUGCUGUGGUCACAAAGUGUGAGGAGACUAAUCAUGACGAAGUUAACCACGGUGCGACAGCGCUCUUCAUGGGUUUGCUGUAGGAGCAGAGACACGAACGAAGGAUCACGGGGCCAGAAAAUUUAAUUCAUACAGGCGAGGGAGGAACCGGCUUGGAUAUGAAUGCUGAAGAUCUGUAAAACAACGAAGUGAAUCAUGAGUAGUCAAGCUUAU